UUUUAAAUUUUACCUUGAGACAAAGUCUCCCUAAAUCACUCCAGACCAAGCUCAAAUUUGCAAUCCUCCUGCUUCGGCCUUCCGGAGUGCUGGGAUUACAGGCUUGUGCACCCGCACCCACUCACACACACAUUCUCUUAGGUCCAGCUUUGAGCUAAGGCUCUAGACAGCCCUUCUCCUGCCACUGCACAGGAAUCCGGGCCCCUUGGAAGGGCAGGGUCUGCUUCCUCCAUUUCUGCAUCUCCUUUCUGUGGGUCCUGUGUCUCUCUCCGACUUUGUGUCUGUCUCUGGGUGAGCAGCGAGUGCCCCUCUUCCCGCUAAGCAAGUCUGUGUGUUCCCUCCGCGACGCGCCCUCCUCCCAUGCCCAGGUGGAAGUCUUCAGCCGAAUCAAAGGCAGGCAGAACACGGCCGGCCAGCCGGCUCCAGUGGCCCGCAGGGGGAGGGGGAGCUCCGGGAUGUCUGGAAAUCGUUACCCUGAGGUGGGCAGGCCUGGCAGAGGGGGAGGCAGCCAGGAGAUGUAGGAAAGGGUGUUUCUCAAGGAUUCCCAUGUGUUGAGCGGGGGCUCAGUCCUGGUCCCCCUGUGAGUCUGUCUGUGUCUUUCUCCUUACCAUCUCCCUACCCCCUCCCACACUUGUUAUCUUCACUCUGCUCUCUGAAACUUUCUCUUACAUUUCUCUUGCCUCUUUUCCCUUUCUGCUUUCCUCUCAGUCUCCAGCCCUCCCCUAUAUCUCUGCAGUCCUGUCCUCGCAAAGUUCCCUAGGACUCUUUCUCCCUUGGUCCAUCCAGAUGCAUGUCGGCUCUUCAUUGGCUGGGCGAUCAGGUUGGGCGGGUUCUGUCACCAGGGCAACAGCAACUACAACAAACGAGCUCCUGCUUGGCAACCAGUCAGCGGUGGGAGCAUGGCCUGUCCCAAUCUAGCUCUGUGCUCUAGUCCCCCAGGGUCACCCAUGUCAGGAAGGGAUGUGCCUGGAUCCUGGCCCAACUGGCAUCUCACCAGCAGUGGCACUGCUCAUCACAUUAUCCCACCUAUGUCCUUUCCCCCGCCCACUGUACUGUCCACAGUCUUGGAGCCCCUACCCCCUGCCGCCAGGCAGGCUUUGCACAUCUGGGAUUUUGAUGAGGUCAUCAGCAGAUGGGAGACGACUACUGGCUUGGCCCAGUUGCCCAAGACCCAUGGUGGGCCCUACGCACAGCCCAGGGCCCCAGAGCCUGCAGACCCCACGCAGACAGUGGGGAUCAAAGCUUUAGAGGCAAAGCUCAGACACUGGCGACUCCCCCUGAGCACAAAACCCCAGAGCAGUGAGAUGAAGGCACAGUACAAGGGCUGGCCUACCUUGGACCAGGACACCACCAUCUACAUUGGGGCCCAGCCCCUGCCACUUGCUGACAAGCACCCUGGAGGCCCGGCCCAGGCUCUAGUCCCCUGGACAAAGAACCCUGAGCUGGCUGGCCAGCAUUUCACGAUAUCUGACCAAGGUGUCCUGGACCGCCACCAGAUCUAUCUGACCACUUCAGCCCGAGACUUUGGCUUCUACCCCAAGCAGGAGCUCUCUGGCUACCCCCGCCAGGACGUAUUGACCUACUGGAACUUCAAGGGGGCGCUUCGGGGCAGGGCACCCAGCCUGCAGCGGCCCAAGCAGCUCUGGCUGCCCCGCGCGCUCCUGGUGACGCCGGCCGUGCCGCACCGCGGGUCCCUGUCUCUGGUUCAGGAGUCCUACAGGGCUCCACUGCACCCUCUACGCCGGAUGGACUGGUUCUGCCCGCUGGAGGCGCCCUGGGGCGGCCUCCACUGGAAGCCCCUGCCGGGCAUCUUCAGCGUGCCCAAAGCCUACAAGACAGAGUCUUGCAGCUAUGGCAGCCUCAAGCCCGAGCUGGUCUGAGUGGGCA